GGACACGGCGCGCCAGCUUUGGCGCUUCAACCCUCGUCGCAAUGGCAAACUCCUCCUCCCGGCUGGUGUGGUCCAAGAGCACCCGCAUCAAGGUCAUGAUCGCUAUUGACACGGCCUUCUUUCUGCUCGAGCUGAUUUGCGGUUUCCUGGCGCAUUCCCUGGCGCUGACGGCCGACGCCUUCCACAUGCUGAAUGAUAUCAUCUCUCUGGCGAUCGGUCUGUGGGCGGUCAUUGCCUCUCAGAAAGCUACAACCGACGAGUUCACCUUUGGGUGGGUUCGAGCCGAGAUUCUCGGUGCCUUCUUCAACGCCGUCUUCUUGAUUGCUCUCUGCGUCUCCAUCAUUCUUGAAGCCCUGACGCGCUUCGUCGAACCGCCCGAAAUCAACAACCCCAAGCUUAUCCUGAUCGUGGGCUGCGCCGGCCUCUUCUCCAACUUGCUGGGCUUUGUCGUCUUGGGAGGACACGGGCACGACCAUGGGGACGACCAUGACCACGAUCACGACCACGACCAUGAAGAGGGACACGCACACGGACACGCACACGGACACGACCACUCGCAUUCUCAUGCCCAUGGCCAGCGCGACGGUACUUCAAGCAUUGCUGAUGAGUAUGGGCCCGUUGGCGACGUGCUUCCCGAGGUGAUUGUCAGGAGAGCCAGCAUGGUAGGAGACGAAUCCAACACCAGAGCAAGCCGAACCUCCCAUUCUAGGGGCCGAGAUCACCAGCGCCAAUCCACCAAGGGGCACUCCCGCUUCUCCAGCAUUGAGGAUAUGAGCAUUCACCCGGCCAGUUUCCGACAGGAGAUUCUCGCUGUCAGUAGGGCUGCGUCGUCAACCGUCUGCGCAAACGGUUCUGGCGAUGAGUCUCCCGGUUCUGAUGCGGAAAACGGCCCGAACGAGACGUCACCACUCCUUCAGGACACAAAGGGUUCUCGGCUUUCCUACACUCGUAGGUCGACUUCGAAGAAUUCGAGAAGCCGUCGGGAUUCGAGCGUCCACAUCCACAAUGAUCACCAUCACACUCUCCCCAUCAAGCCGGGUUCCAAAGUCAGCGGGCACAACCAUGCCGACAUGGGCAUGCAUGCCAUGAUGCUGCAUGUGAUUGGCGAUGCGCUGGGAAAUGUCGGUGUCAUUGUUACGGCGCUCAUAAUAUGGCUCACCAACUGGCCCGGCAAGCUCUACGCUGACCCGGCAGUGUCGCUUCUCAUUACUGCCAUCAUUCUCAAGACGUCCAUCCCUCUGACGCUUGCCACCUCCCGUGUCCUGUUACAAGCAACUCCGGAGAAUAUUAGCAUCUCUCAUAUCCGGCAAGACAUCGAGAGGCUGCCCGGAGUCGUCAGCUGCCACCACAUCCACGUCUGGCAACUCUCUGAUACCAAGAUCAUUGCCAGCAUGCAUCUCCAGGUGUCAUUUCCGUUCGACAAAAACAGCGGGGAGAAGUACAUGCAGCUGGCUAAGAGAGCACGGAGAUGCCUACAUGCCUAUGGCAUUCACAGCGCCACUAUUCAGCCCGAGUUCUGCCUCGAUAACAAGCACCAGCACGAUGGCGACGCGGCUGCCCUUGCCCUCGAUGGGGCGUCGGAUGAGCAGCUUCGUCCGUGUCUCCUUGAGUGCGUCGAUGACUGCCAAGCAGAGGGAUGCUGUAUUGUCGAAACUUCGUCGGCAUGCUCAAGUCGACGGGACAGCGCAUCCUCCCACGAGGAGCAUCAACAUGAGCACUGA